AUGGGUUAAUCAUCAAUCACAGUUAUUGAUCCAAAUUAAAAUAACAAUUACUAAAGAUAAAACUCAGUCUAAGAAGUUGAGGAUUAAAUAAAGCGAGCAUUCAAAUAGGCUUCCUCUUAAGGAAGAUUAACGAGGGACAAAUUUAAUGAAGCACUAGGAAUAUUUGAAAGCAUGUAAUUGAAAAGGUUGAGAGAUAGUCCUUUAGCUGAUAGGCUAUUUUAGUUAUUAGAUAAGAAUGAGGAGGGAUAUAUAACAGAAAAAGAAUACUUGGAAGGCAUCACAACAUUAAUAAAUAACAAGGAUAAAAGGAUUUUGUAUUCCUUUUAGAUGAUUGACAAAAACAAAGACAAUAAAAUAGAAUUCUAAGAGUUUUAUGAUUUUGUGAAGGAGAGUUGGUUGAGUGCUUUUAGAUUAUUGGGUGAAAAGGUAUGUUCAGGACAGAAUUAAUACCAAUUGACAUAAUCAAAAAUAAAUUCUUGGGCCUAAGGACAAUUAAACAAGCUUUACAAUUACGUCUAAGAGAUUUUCAUGAAGUUUGCAUAAUAGAGUUAAUCGAUGGACCCUAUAGUGUUUAAAUCUUGGGUGAUGAGCAAUGAUUUUGGGUUUAUCAAGGCAGAAUUGGGAAAUGAAUCAGUCUAGAUUCCUCUUCAUUUAUACAGGUUGGAAGAAAAGUGA